AAACCUAAAAAUCUAUGGUAUCUACUGAAAGUUUUGCAAUUAGAAUUCGAUCACUCGGCAGAGUCAAAGACAAUAUUCAAGACUCUUCCUAUUUCCAAUAGAGAUCUGCAACACCCUACAAGAAUUAAAGGCUAAGCCAAUAUAAGCAGUUUUUGCAGAAACAAGUCAAUAACUUUUUGCCAGACUCUUACUUUAAUUGA